CCACAAUUCUGUGCGGUGCGCGCAUCAGGCUGAAGUUCGUCGAAGAAGCCAAACAGGAACUACUCGUUUUCGGCGACACACUUUACUUGCACCGUUGGACAUCCAUUUGGCCAGGCGGAGUGACUGUCGGCCAUGGAGCGUGUAACAGGAGGAAUGCUUCCAUUCAUUUUAUCAGGUGUUGGAGUCUUCUUGUUGAUCAGGCUACUUUUCCGCCUCAGACAGGGAGCUUCUGUCCAAGGGUUGGUUGUUGUCAUCACAGGGGCCAGCUCUGGACUGGGGAAAGAGUGUGCACGAGUCUUCCAUGCUGCAGGUGCUCGGCUUGUCCUGUGUGGAAGAGAUGCAACCCGCCUGCAACGAGUGGUCGAGGAACUCACAGCAAAUUCAACUAGCACCCAGCAGCAGACAUUCACUCCCAGCACUGUUGUCUUCGACCUGGCUAAAGCAGAAAUUGUGGACAAAGCUGCGGAGGACAUCCUGAAAUGUUACGGACACGUAGACGUUCUCGUUAAUAACGCUGGGYUCAGCUAUCGUGGCAACAUACUUGACACGCACAUUUCAGUUCAGCGAGACGUGAUGGAAACUAAUUACUUUGGACCCAUUGCUCUUACUCAAGCCCUCCUGCCGUCGAUGGUUCAGAGGCGCAGRGGCCACGUCGUCUUCAUCAGCAGCGUCCAGGGAAAGAUCGCCAUUCCCUACAGAUCUGCUUAUGCAGCGUCUAAACACGCCGCCCAGGCUUACUUUGACUGCCUGCGAGCAGAGGUCGAGUGCUUCGGGAUCCCAGUGACAGUCAUCAGCCCGGGCUACAUCCAGACCAACUUAUCCAUCAAUGCCGUCACCGGAGACGGCUCCACGUAUGGAGUUAUGGAUAAAACCACGGCGUCCGGUUGGCACCCCAGAGAUGUGGCUCUCGCAGUCUUAAAGGCGGUUUGCCAGAAAAGUAAAGAUGUGGUUUUGGCCGGACCUCUGCCCUCGGUGGCYAUCUACCUCCGCACUCUGUGGCCCACGCUCUUCUUCAAAGUCAUGUCGUCUCGCGCUCGCAAGGAKGGAAAGGCUAAAACGGAGUGACACUGCAGCAGGUGAGGGAUUGUGUUGGGAAUGACUUGGACCAAAUCAGGAACAAGGAGGCCAAACAGAUUUAAAAUGUAGAAGGWCUGAGCUCUGUACCAGCUGUUUGCAGUGCAUCAAAUAACCAGGAGCCCGUGUGCUGCAGGAUUUGUUGUUUUAAUACCUGAGAGUGACCAGGUGUCUGUUCAGCAAUACUUGAAGAAAUUUGGUCAAAAUCGAUGCUCAAACGUUAACGAUGAACCUGGGAAAUAAGAGGAGACUGUAAUGCGGGUAAUUUAUUUUUGUCUUGGCUGAACGGUUGGACACUCCAUUGAAGCCUUUUUUUUUCAGCCCUGUAACGCUAACUGACUUGAUGUUUCUGGGACAUGUUUUUUUUUGUCAGUGAAAAGGAAAUGCUGCUUAUCUGUGCAGAAAAUGCAGCUUUUUUCAGUUUCCUGUCUUGGCACGAUAUUCUUCAAUCUGGAUGAGCAGCACAUUUCUGUAUCCUGUACAUUUGUUGACUUUGUUUGUGUAAUAAGUUUCUGUAAUGCUGAGAAAAAGAUUUAGUACGGAGUUUUUAAAAUACUUCUAACGUUGAAUACGUCUAGCACUGUGAUCUGCAACUUUUACAAAGAUGUGAUUUCUGCUUCUUCUGUCACUAAAUUUGUCCAAAUCUGCCAAGCAUACUUAAAAUAUAAAAUAAAAAUGACAUUAAAAUUUG